AUGUCUAAGACUGUACAGAUAAACAAAGACAGCCGUGUGGAGUAUUGGAUAGAGAGGCAGCCUCAGAGCCAGGAAGAAUGGGUUCAAGACUUGUCUCUGUCUCUUUCCACCAUCUUGCAGCGCCACCACCAUGAUGUGAAUGUCCUGGCAGAUGCCCUCAAAAGCAUUAACAAUGCAGAAAAGCAAGGAAAACGCCAGGUUCUCAUUAGGCCAUGCUCUGAAGUAGUUGUCCGGUUCUUAACUGUGAUGAUGAAGGAUGGUUACAUUGGUGGAUUUGAGAUCACUGAUGAUCACAGAGCAGGAAAAAUUGUUGUGAACCUGACAGGCAGAUUAAACAAGUGUGAUGUAAUCAGCCCCAGAUUUGAGGUUCAAUCAAAAGAUCUGGAAAAGUGGCAGAAUAAUCUGCUACCAUCCCAUCAGUUUGGGUUUACUGUGUUUACAACCUCAGCUGGCAUCAUGGACCAUGAGGAAUCAAGAUGA